GCUCGCCUCUCGAUGUUCUUUCAGUUUCAUUAUGCAAGUAUCCCUUAUAAAUGCGAGGAUACGGUAACAGCAGUGGAAAUCCCUUGCUAGGGUUUUGAGUCACUCUGGGGCUUGGUGGAGCAAAAGGGAGCAAUUCAAUCAAUCAUACCAGCGUUUUAGUUUUAUCGCUAUUUUCUUCGCGAGACGGAGGUGCUUCCAUGGACCGCUUGCGUCCUCGGAACAGACCCGUCUUUUUCGGAUUCACCAAUGCUGAGAUUGAGAAAAUGGAAAAAGCACUACAAGAAGCUGGGGAAGAAUCACUGGGCAAGGAAUUUUGUCAGAGACUUACUAAAAGUUUCAACCGCUCCUCUGGCCGUGCUGGCAAACCUGUCAUAAAAUGGACUGAGAUACAGAGUUGGUUUCAGACAAGGCUUCAAGGAUCGCCUGAAGUCCCUAAAAAUGAGUUUACUCGUACAAAAGGCCUUGAAAGUAAGGAAGGAGGUAUCCGAGACCCAUUAGAGUUGGAAUUUGAGGCGAGGUCGUCAAAAGAUGGAGCAUGGUAUGAUGUUGAGAAGUUUAUUGCCCACAGAUUUCUCAGCACAGGUGAAGCUGAAGUCCGCGUUAGAUUUAUUGGAUUUGGAGCUGAGGAAGACGAGUGGGUCAAUAUAAAAAAUGCUGUAAGAGAACGCUCAGUGCCUUUAGAAAAUACUGAAUGUUCCAACCUAAAAGUUGGAGACCUUGUCCUCUGCUUCCAGGAGAGGAGAGAUCAAGCAAUUUAUUAUGAUGCCCGUAUUUUAGAGAUCCAAAGAAAAAUCCAUGAUAUCAGAGGCUGCAGGUGUCUCUUCUUGAUUCGGUAUGAUCAUGACAAUAGCGAGGAUAGAGUUCGCCUGAGGAGACUUUGCCGCAGGCCAAAAUCUAAGGCGGCGUAGCCUCAGCAGUUGGGCGUCGGCAACGGCCUGGUA